UACGCCCGACAGGCGCCGCGCCGCCAUCAUGGAUACGAGCCGUGUGCAGCCCAUCAAGCUUGCCAGGGUCACCAAGGUGCUGGGCAGGACCGGUUCGCAGGGACAGUGCACGCAGGUGCGCGUAGAAUUCAUGGAUGACACGAGCCGCUCCAUCAUCCGAAACGUGAAAGGCCCCGUGCGCGAGGGCGACGUGCUCACCCUAUUGGAGUCAGAGCGAGAGGCUCGGAGGCUGCGCUGAACUUGGGACUGGGUCCUGGAUGUCUGGGUCGACCACCUGGCCCACGAGGAUGAUCUGCUGUUAAUAAAGCGUUUAUAUUCUGUGUAAA